ACCAUGAAUCCUGGUUUAUACUAUGCCAUAGGCAGAAAAGCUAGAGAUGUUCUGUACAAGGAUUAUGGUCAAGCUCAACAACCCCAACCACUACAGGGUCGCUACCAGAUUUAUGAUUGGAGUUUCAAUUUCUCUUGUCAAAUUGAAGAUAUUUUGCCUGGACUGAACACAGUUUUUAGCGUUAUUGUUCCAGAUUCUGGCAAGGCAGAACUGCAAUACUUGCGUGAUUAUGUGGGGUUCAGUGCUGGUUUAGGGCUGAAGGCAAACACUCAGAACCGAUUCGAUCGGAUUGCAAACAUCUCGGGUGUAAUAGGAAGCACUUUCGUGUCUCUGGGAGCUGAUGUGGGCAUCGACAUAACAACAAGGGCACUCGACCAAUUCAGUGCCGGUUUCAGCUUGGAUUGCGCCUUCCUUGUUGCUUCCUUGACCGUGAGUGAUGGUUUCGACAGCGUAAAAGCAUCGCUGUACCAUCCGCUGAAUCCCCGAACGAGGACGGCAAUCGCAGCCGAGUUGAAGCAUAGGAUGUCAGAGGCGGCAAGCACACUUACGCUCGGAGCGCAGCAUGCGGUGUUGCCGUUCACAUUGGUGAAGGCCAGAAUGAAUACCGAUGGCAAAGUCGGUGGCGUUCUUCAGCAGGAAAUUUGGCGAAAGCUCUAUGUCUCCAUUUCAGGGGAGGUGGAUUUAAGGGACCAUAAUAGUAUUCCUAGAAUUGGAGUAUCAAUGGCAGUCAAGCACUAG